AGCAGAGUGAAGGCACGCAGGAUAUGGGCAAAAAACAACUUUUUCCCCUGUGAGAGUGGACCGAGAGCAGCUGAAUCAGGGCUCAUGCUGAGGGUCUCGGCUGCAGGGAGCCCUGCUGGACAAGAUUUACUGCUAAUCCAGCAUAAGGAGCUCGUAGGGACAACCUAGUGGACUUUGUGGUUUUACUUUUCAUUUUCCUGACAGGCCUGUUAGCAGCCGUGUUCUGGCCUCUUUGAGGAUGUAAGGAUGCCAUCUUUGCAGAAGCUCUGAGGGACUGCUUGUACUGGAAAUUUAUGGCCAAAUGUAGAACCGUGGCAGCUGAGGAGAAGCAGUUUAAGGGCACAAUGUCGGCCACACAGGGGAUGAACCGCACCAGCAUCUACAGCUACUUCCUCAAUAUGGUGGCCUAUCAGAUAUGCUGCUGCUGUGGACCGGCUCCCUGCUCGCUCUGCUGUGCCUUCUGCCCUCCGGUCAAAUCCUCCACCAGCACACGGAUCAUGUACACCCUCUUCCACAUCAUGACCUGCGCCGUCUCCUGCCUCAUGCUUUCCCGCACUGUGUCUGAGCUCGUCAGGGAAAAUGUGCCUUUCUUCAACGUGGUGUGCGACCAGGCGCAUGGCGGCGGCCACUGUGAGAUGCUGGUGGGCUACUCGGCCGUCUACAGAGUCUGCUUUGGUACCUCCUGCUUCUACUUGAUGAUGGCGAUCUUUCUCAUUGAUGUGAAAUCCAGUCAGGACUUCAGAGCGCUCAUACACAACGGCUUCUGGUUUCUGAAGUUUAUCACCCUGCUCGGGAUGUGCACUGCUGCCUUCUUCAUCCCAACAGAGUCCUUCCUGCACGCUUGGCAUUAUGUUGGUGUGGUGGGAGGAUUUGCCUUCAUCCUCAUCCAACUCAUCCUCAUCACAGCUUUUGCACACACCUGGAACAAGAACUGGUUGACCGGAGCAGCAGAGAACAAGCGAUGGUAUCUGGCAGUGAUGUGUGCCACCCUCUUCUUCUACACCAUCGCCACCAUGGCCUUCACCUUCAUGUACAAGUACUACACACACCCUAUCGCCUGCCACUUUAACAAAGUUCUGCUGUGGAUCAACCUGAGUCUCUGCGGCCUCAUGUCCUUCAUCGCCAUCACACCGUGUGUCAAGCAGAAGCAGCCUCGGUCUGGACUCCUUCAGGCCUCCAUCAUCAGCUGUUAUGUCAUGUACCUCACUUUUUCUGCGCUGUCCAGUCGCCCACCAGAGAAAGUGGUGUACCAGGGCAUGAACAUGACCGUCUGUUACCCCAACGUGGGACAAAAUGGCAUGCAGAACGAAGGCAACGCUGUCGCUAUAAUUGGAGCUGCAAUCAUGUACUGCUGUGUCCUCUUUGCAUGUAAUGAAGCUUCCUACCUGGCUGAGGUGUUCGGUCCGUUCUGGAUGAUCAAAGUUUAUCGCUACGAGUUCCAGAAAGCAACCUGCUGCUUCUGCUGCCCUGAAGAGGAAGCAGCUGAAGAGGAGUUUGCAGUUGAUGACGAUGACAAAGGCUGUCAGAGGGUUAUUCACAACGAGACCCAGAGAGUGGCAUACAGUUACUUCUUCUUCCAUUUUGUCUUCUUCUUGGCCUCGCUGUAUGUCAUGAUGACCCUCACCAACUGGUUCAGCUAUGAGUCAGCAGUGCUGGAAACCACCUUCACCCACGGCAGCUGGUCUACGUUCUGGGUGAAGAUAUCCUCCUGUUGGGCCUGUGUGAUCCUCUACCUCUGGCUGCUGCUGGGUCCUCUGUGCAGCUGUCAGAACGAGUCCAGACCUCGGCGCUCGCGCAUCAAACGUCGGACAGCAUCGUGCCGCCACGUCAGCGUCAGCGUCUGACGGUAUCUAAAGCAUCCACGCAGGGGGAAAGCAAACAUGAUGUGAUUUCGACAAGGGGUCACAUGACUCAGACCUCCCUAUUGUGCCCUUCAGGAGGACAUUUUUAUGAGUGGAACUUAUUGGAGUCAGGGGUCACAGACCCACGGUGGUGUGAGAAGAAACGAUGACAGGGCUCAGCACUCGGUGCCCUGUUGAUAUGUGAAAAACUGGCCCUCAUUUCACACGCUUGAUGGCCUAAAAUGCAACAACUAAUGGGGAUGUGACGGGUUUGGAGACACAGUCACAGAAUGAAUUGCCAAAGGGAUCAGAAGGAGUGGACUUACAUUCUAUUAUGUCAGAUAAAAAUGACAAAGGUAUAAAGAUAGGUCAUUUUAAAUUUUUUACUAUUUCAUUUUUAUUUUUGCAGUAUUUAGACAUCUGUUAUAAAAAGAGAAAACUUAUAGACAUUUGCUGUAUUAAUGCUACAGAGAACCACAUCUCAAACAUUUCUAUCUAUUUUUACUUUCCUGAGAAGUGAAAAAUCAUCCUGAGACAGAGAAUAUUUUCAGUCCUCUGAUCUUAGACAACAUUUGAUGGUUUUGAGCAUGAACAAAUCUUUCAAAAGUGACAAAAAAACAACAUGUAAGUUGUCUAUUUAGCAAGAGCAAGCUCUUACCGAUACAUUUCACAGAAAUAAUGUAAAUACUAAGGAAAAUCUUGGGCCAUUUGUGUGCAACUAAUGGUGCCAUGCAUAGUUUUCCUUUGUUUUAUCCAGAUAUUGAUGAAUGAUUACAUAUAGUGCUAUUUAAGAUUAGUGGUCUAAGUAACUGAGUAACCACUUGGUUUGUUGACACUUGUUUUAAGGCUCAAGUUCAGCAUUUUGGCAAAUUGUCCAUCCCAAGUGUAUCAGUCAGUCUUUUC